GAACGACGUUUCCCGUAGCAACUGGGGCCGAACCGUUAACCGCAGCGGCCGUUGUACUACCGGAGCUUAUCAAGGAGCUGGGGGGGGAUUGUCGUCGGUAACGGGACACCUCCUCUGUCUUGUGAGGCGAAGAGGCACGGGGGCAACACACCAUCGAGUCGGCAAUCCCGCAGUUCCGUGCGGAGAUGCUAAAUAUGUGGAAAGUCAGAGAGCUAGUGGACAAAGCCACUAAUGUGGUGAUGAACUACUCCGAGAUCGAGUCCAAGGUGAGAGAGGCAACUAAUGACGACCCCUGGGGACCCUCCGGACAACUGAUGGGAGAAAUAGCCAAAUCCACCUUUAUGUAUGAGCAGUUCCCAGAGGUGAUGAACAUGCUGUGGACCAGGAUGCUGAAGGACAACAAGAAGAACUGGAGACGAGUGUACAAGGCUUUGCUACUGUUGGCCUAUCUGAUCAGGAAUGGGUCUGAAAGAGUCGUCACCAGCGCCAGAGAACACAUCUACGACCUGCGAUCUUUAGAAAACUACCACCUCAUUGAUGAGAGCGGUAAGGAUCAGGGCAUCAAUGUGCGUCAGAAGGUGAAGGAGAUGGUGGAGUUUGUCCAGGACGACGACAGACUGAGAGAGGAAAGGAAGAAAGCCAAGAAGAACAAAGAUAAAUACAUCGGAGUGUCCUGUGACAGUAUGGGAGGAGGAGGAGCAGUAGUAUUAGCAGGAGGAGUAGGCGGAAUUAUCAAGAACUCUAACGAGUUGGAUCGGAGUAAGUGGGAUGAGGACUGGGAUAAGAGCAAAGGAGCUUUCCCCUUCAGCGAGAAGCUCGGAGAGAUCAGUGACAAGAUAGGCAGCACCAUAGACGACACAAUCAACAAGUUCAGGAAGAAGGAACGAGACGACUCACCGGAGAGAAUCAGUGACAACGAGGAGGAUCGAGCAUCGAGGAACGGUAGGCAGGAAACCCUUGAGUUCAAAGACGAGGAGGAAACUGUCACAACGAAGAGUAUUCAGAUCACACAGGCAACAGAAACAACGACGACGACCACGCGGAAACGCAGCGGAGCAACAAGCAACAAGACUCUGGACCUGGGAGCUGCAGCGCACUACACCGGAGACAAGAGCCCAGAGGCAUCACUCAGGCAGUCUUCGAGUGGCGGCCUAGCUGACCUACUAGUGAUUGACCCUUUAUCCAAUCAGAGCACUGCAACAGGUGGCAGUUCAGGCCUCAUUGGUGGAUUUGCUGACUUCUCUUCUCCUGCAGCCUCUGCCAGCCUCCCAAAUUCCACAGCUGCUGCCCCAUCCAAUGGAAAUGGGGAAUUUGGAGACUGGAAUGCUUUUGGGGCCAAUCAGCCAGCUUCCCCCUCCGGUUCCUCCCAGCCCGUCACUGAUCUGUUCGGCAGCGUCCAGUCCGCCCCCUGCUCCAAACCUGCCACCGUCCCACCUUCUGCAGAGCUCUUUGAUCUGAUGGGGGGAGUGAACCAUCAGCUAACCAAUCCACACGCAACGCUGAGCGCCUCUCAGAGCAUGACUUUCUCUCUGGGAGGUGCAACACCAGGGGCGUCUGUUGCUAUGCCAACAAUGCCCCUUUCUCGCUCUCAACAGAGCCUGGGAGGCUCUCAGCAGCCCUUUGAUCAGCAGAAGGUUGGUGUUGGAGGUCCAGGAUCGUUAGGCUCUACCUGGUCGGACCCCUCCGUCAACAUCAGCCUGGACUUCCUAUCAGCAGGCCUCAACCCCUCCAAGACACCGCCCACACUCAACAACAUCAUCCAGCAGCAAGGAGUUCCUCCCCUCAACCUGUUGUCCCAGAACUUCGGAGGACUGAACCUCAGCUCCCCGCCUCACGUGAACCCUAUCAGACCACCAGCCAAUCCUAUGAUGGCCGGCAACGCCAUGGGAAUGCCUGCUAUCUUGUCAUCGAGUCUCCCCCCUUCUAUGACCACAGGGACCAUGGGGAUGGGAGGACUUCCUGUAAACCAAGGCAUGAUGGGAAUGAACAUGAGCAUGAAUCUGGGCAUGGCCGCUCCAGUGAUGAUGGGCGGGAUGGCAGGCAUGGGAGUGCCAGGAGCAGCACACUCCAUCAGCCUGGCCAUGGUUCCUCCCAAACAGGAUGCCUUCGCUAACUUUGGCAGUUUUGGAAAAUGAAGGAGUGCAAAUGUGUGUGUUUGAGUGUGUGUGUUUGAGUGUGUGUGUGUGUGUGUGUGUGAGGGUGCAUGUCUGACAUUAUGAGAGUUUGAACCACAGAAGGACUGCUGUACUUGAAGAACACCUUGCAUGUUUCUCUCGCUGCUUCUGCUGUCUGUGGCGAGCUGGCGACUGCUCAUCAUCCCCCAGCCUGUGACAUGUUGAUGGAGGACAGAGCACCCACAGGUGCCCCUCAACUGUUUGAUGUGUGAAAUGAUGUCAUACAGAGAGACUUAAAGAGCCUAUAGUCAUUACUUACCUGUGGGUGAAAAGGUUCUCCCUCUUUUCCUGUUUCAUAAAUUAACUACAGUAUAUCCCCCUUUAUGACAAAUCAGUGCAAACAUUUACAAAGUCUUCAUUUGAGUGAAUCCAUACUCUGGUCCUCCAGCAGAGAGCAGAGUGAGUGUAUGCUUAUUCUUGAGCCUUAUGGAUGAAUUGCAUUUGACUUUUUCUCCCCUUUCCUCUUUUUGCUCAGUCUUGUAGCAGUUCAGAAUAAUUUCAUGUUCAAUAAACACCAACAGUUUUAUUAAAGUUUUUUAAUGAGUGAAACCUUAACAUGCCCAGAACAAAGGUCCCUAAAAUGUUCAGCUCUUAAUAUUAUAAUGAGCAGUAACUUUCUGGAUGCCUCUGUCUGAUUAAAGUCUUUGUCAGUGUUUUAUUUAGAUUUCUACUAAAGAAAGGUUUCUCCUCUCAAGAUGGGGAAAAUGUGCGAUAAGUGAUAACCUUGUUGAAUAUCGCAAUAAAGAUAUAACAAGGGAAAUGAAA